AUGCAUCCUUACAUUUGUCACUUUUGUCCGUCCGCAGACCUGCAUCUGGCCGCGGAGUUGGGGAAGACGCUGCUGGAGAGAAACAAGGAGCUGGAGGACUCUCUGCAGCAGAUGUACAUCACCAGCGAGGAGCAGGUGCAGGAGAUCGAGUACCUGUCCAAGCAGCUGGAGGUUCUGAGGGAGAUGAACGAACAACACGCCAAAGUGUACGAGCAGCUGGACGGGACGGCCCGAGAGCUGGAGCGCACCAACCACGCCCUGGUCCAGGACAGCAGGAGCUCCCAGAGCAAGAUCCAGAGUCUGACUGGGUCCAUGGAGGUGCUGCAGAACCAGGUGGAGGUUCUGACGCAGCAGCUGGAGUCGCUGAGGUCCAUGGAACAGCUGCGAGUGCGGAGGGAGAGGAGGGAGAGGAGGAAGACCAUCCACUCCUUCCCCUGCCUGAGGGAGCUCUGCACUGCACCCAAGUACGAGGAUGAGUUUGUGGUGGGCCGCGCAGAGAGCUUCACGGUGGAGGUGAAGCAGCAGCCGUACGAGGAGGAGGAGAACCAGCAGCUCCGCGAGGCUGUGUCCUCCCUGCGAGCCGCCAUCAGGAGCGAGAGAGGCCGCAGGGACACGGUGGAGCGCGAGAGCCACCUCCUGCUCGCCGAGUUCUCCCGCCUCCAAACACGAGUCCAGGACGCAGAGAGCUGCCAGGCGCGAGUGCGGGAGCUGGAGGUGGAACUGCUGGAGCUGCAGCAGCUGCGCCGCGCUCGCACUUACUUCCUGAGCUCCGACGAGGACGGCCUGACGCUGACCCAGACCGUCCUGCAGAGCACCCCUGAGACCGACACCUUUAUGGAGGAGGAUGCGGUGGAGUCUGGGGGCGGCGUGCGAGAGGCCCCCCAGGGCUCCGGGGGCCAGUCCUUACCUGACUCCGCCCCCGUGAGGAAGAGCUGCAGCGAUACGGCCCUGAACGCCAUUGUGGCCCGAGACCCAUCCGGCCGCCGGCGAGGCAGCUACGCGAUCCAUGCUAACAGCGUGCGCAAACGCGGCAUGUCCAUCCUGCGCGAGGUGGACGAGCAGUACCACGUCCUGCUGGAGAAGUACGAGGAGCUGCUCGGGAAAUGCAGACGCAACGAGGAGAGCAUGUGCAACGCCGAGGUGCAGACGUCGCGCCCCGUGUCUCGUGACCUGUCUGUGAAAGACUACGGCGCCGCCAUCCCAGCCCCGCCCCCAACCACGCCCACACAGGAGCCCCCGACCACGCCCACACAGGAGCCCCCGACCACGCCCACACUGGAGUCGCCGUCCACGCCUGAGGCCAUGGAGAGCAUUGGUCGCCAAGCGGAGGCCGUGGACAAGCGGCUGGGGCAGAGCGCACCCGAGUACAAGACGCUUUUCAAGGAGAUAUUCUCUCGUAUCCAGAAGACAAAGUUGGAUAUCAAAGCCACCAAAGCGGCCAAGGCUAAAGGGAAAUCAGGCAAAGAUAGCAAGCACUAG